AUGGAGGUGCUCUACAGUGGACCGAGCCUCUGCGAGUUCUGUCUGUGCUGUUCAGACAAGGGACGCGUUGUCCUGUCGGAGGGCAUGGCUGACAGCCACGAGUUUGUCCCGGCAACCGCCGAGCAGGUGGCGACCAUCCGGAGUAAGCUGGGGACCGACGAGGAAGACAUCCGCCAGGCCGUCGCGUCGCUGCGCGCCUGGCUCAGGGUGCAGCCCCAUCUGCCGGACCACAUAGAUGACGCGCGCAUCGAACGGACGUAUAUCGACUGCAAGUGCAGCAGAGAACGGGUUAAGCUGGCGUUGGACGCCUAUUUCUCACUGAGGAACAAGUUUCCUGAGAUACUGACGAACAGGGAUCCCAUGGGACCUGAGGUCUCGUACACCAAGCAGCAUCUCAAGCUGGUGACAAUGCCGCGACUCACGAAGGACUUGCAGCGAGUGCACAUAAUCGCAGGCGUCGACCCGGACCCGUCGGCGAUCUCGUGCGUCAAGUACGCGAAAGUGCUGAUGAUGCAGCUGGACAUGUUGUACUUGGAUGACUACUCGCUCGGCGACGUCGUCAUCUGCGACCUGACCGGCGUGACCGUCGGACACCUCCUCAGGAUCGACAUCAACGUUGUCCGGGCUCUCGAAUUGUGCUACAAGACUGUCAAUCGCAGAAGGAUGAAGGAAAUACACGUGUUGAACGUGGACAAAAUAACUGACUUCGUUAUGAAAAUAGCUAAGACAGCAAUCUCUGAAAAAUUGCUGAAGAGGUUCUGA